AUGGUUUCACGCAAGCGUCGUCGUGCAGGCCUAAAGGCACGUGAGACCUAUCUUCGAAGGCUCGCUGCCACCUCCCUUCCCGGAUUCGGACCAAGGCUUUGGAAUACCGGGCAUCCUGGUGAUAUGAACAAAGCUCUCUGGAAAAAAAUAAACGCGGAAAUCAUUGCCCCGAAGUCUCGCUCGAAGGAACUCUCCCGAGAGCUUUCAAGAACUCGAAAUGAAGAAUUAAGAUUAACGAGAGAACGCUUCAAACACUUCUACGAUCUCGCAAAGACGAAGGAUCUUCAAGAGCAAAAGGUAAUUAAAAGGGGAAAGGUUGAAGUCGAAAGCGAGAAGCUACGAAGCAUAAGGUCAAAGGCUGCUGAAGAGAUAAGCGAUCAUAACGAGGAUAGUUCUCAUGUCGACCCUGACGAAACCGAGUCUGAACAUGAACCAGAGCAUACCCAGCCCGACGAAGAUCCAGACAAAACCGAGUCCGAGGUAGAUCCAGACGAAACUGAGUCCGAAGCGGAUCCAGACGAACCCGAACCGGAAACCGACUGUAGUGAAACCGAGUCCGAGGAAGAAUGA